CAGUCUCCGCCCCUAAAAGACGAACUUCAUGACGGGCUAUUGUUAUUCAAAUGAGCCAAAAUAGGAGGAAUCUAGUCUGUCAGCUAUAACGGAGGAUACAGUCAGAACACAGCGCGCGGAGCUGGAGGCCAUUCAACACCCGCUCGUGGGAACCACCUAGAGUAUUAAACACCACAUUCAGCAUGGACUACUGAAAUUCCCAGCUCCUGUUUUAAGGACCGUAUGACAUUUUUGUUUUUCUUAAUAAUAUCGUGCGUUCAAGGCGGAACACAUAAACUGGGGAAUCUGCGAAUACCUUGGAGCUUGUUCUUUGAAUUUACUGAACCGGUUAACGUUCGCUUAGUUAUUUCGGAGUUUGGAGGAAGACCUGGCUCAUUAUCUUCUCUCAGAAACAGAAGCGAAGGGCUGCAGUCGUCUACCUGUUGAAAACAUGAGUCAGGCGGACAUGACUUGCUCUGCGCGUCAAAGAGUGUUUCAGGAAGCGCUCAGGAAGGGCAAUACUAAGGAACUUCAUUCUCUCUUGCAAAACAUGACAAACUGUGAAUUUAACGUGAACUCUUUCGGACCAGAGGGACAGACGGCGCUGCAUCAGUCCGUGAUCGAUGGCAACCUGGAGUUAGUAAAGCUACUGGUGAAGUUUGGUGCAGACAUCCGUCUGGCCAACAGAGAUGGAUGGAGUGCUCUGCACAUAGCAGCAUUUGGUGGACAUCAAGACAUCGUUCUUUACCUCAUUACACGGGCGAAGUACUCAUCAAGCGCGCUCUGAGGCAAUCAAAGAAAUCUGACGCUGUACCUUUAAGCCUAUCAUAUAUUUGACCCCUUUGUGCCAAAGUAAAAGACAGCUUGUUUGUGAUGUAAUGUGUUUAGGAAAUUGAUUUAAUAUCGGUAGGCACAUAAUUCAAAUCCAAAAGGCUAUUUUUGAUAAUGUUGGGUUGGUACAAUGUCAUGGAUAUGGUUUGCCAACUUUUGAUGCAUGAUGAAAAUGAUCACUGUGUUAUUUAUAGAUUUAUUUUUAAAACAAAUUGAAAAGUUGGAUCAAAGUAAGAAAGCUAAAACUUGGUCGGUGGUCCUACAGGAUGACUAGACUCAGUGUGCGAAUUAUGGGGGGUUCUGGGGGUCUGGGGUUAAUUAAGGCUUGAACCCCUCCAAAGGACAAGGCUGGUUUUGAAAGUCUAUUUUUUUUUUUUUUUUUUUACAUAUAUUUCAAACAAUAUCAUUAUCAGUUCAGUAUCAAACAGUGCAUUUACAAAACACAACUACUGUGAUUAUUUAUCCCUUUAUUAUAGAAGUUCACCUCAGAUAUUUCACAAAGUGUUUGUUUUGUUUUAAACACAUCAUUAAUUAAUUUGACGUUUAGCUACAAAAUACAUGAGACCAACAGAAAAUUAUUGACAGACAUUCCUUCAAAAAAGUCGGACCCCCCCCCACCCCCCAAAUGACUUAUUCGCACACUGACUAGACUGAUAUAAAUAUUCCUGUAUAGAAUUAUGUACACAUUCUCUCUGCAUAUUGCCUAAAACAGGGACUGAUGUCUGAUACCUCAACUGUAAUGCAUUAUAAUGGUGACAUUGCAAUGUUGGUCAUCAAGUUUAGUAUCAUGCUAUCUAUCUAUUCACCAUUCAGGAUCUCUCACCUCUUGAUCUGAAAUAUUCACGCAAACACUUUCUAGCCCAGACACUACCAAAUAUGAUUGCAGUUUGGCACUGUUAGGUUAUAAUCAGUACUUUGUUAUGGAGUUUCUGACACUAAACUUUUUUUUUUUUUUGUGCUGAUCCACACAUUUCAAGCCACACUUUACUGUUUUGUAAUUCAGAGGUUGAGCAAAUCCAUAGAUCAAUGUAUAUAGACUGCACUGUGUCCUAAAGCACAUUGGCCUUGUCUUCUUAUACCCCUUGUCAACUCAGGCAAGAUGUGGUAAGGUUUAAAUGUGUUGUGACUUCUGGAACGCUUCAAAGCCAGUAUGAAAAUAUGCAUCACUUAUACUUGAGAAUGUUUUAAAUAUUGCACUGAUGGCUGUUUUAUGAGUUGUUGGUGUCAAGCCAACUUUUAAAGAUACUAUUUUUCUAAAUGGAAAAAACAAUUCUUAUUGUAUGGAAGCUCCAGGGUGGUUUUCACUCAUUCUUAUCAAAGGCAUUUAUAUGCCAAUGAAUUGAAUUACUGUAUGUAUAAAUAUGUAACACACUCUGCUUGAAUGUCCCUCCAUAAGUAAUGUCAAACAUAUUCUAGACUAUAACAACUUUUGACACAAUGGAAGAACAUACAAGUAAAGUGUCCAGAAAAAAAUCUUGGAGCACUUCCUAUCUGAAGUCCCAUCCUCCUCUUUUUAAGGGGGAUGCUACAUGGUAAAACCAGUGCAACAAGAAGUUGCACAAUGCACAAGUCUUUACUUGAUAAUGCCAUAACAUUUAUGACAUAAAAGUAAAAGUAACAUUGAUUGAGAUAAAAGUCAAAUGACUGUGAUUUUUUGGACCAACUUUUGAGAUAUUAUUUUCAUCAAAGAGAAGUUUGGAAAAAGGCCUCUCAUAAUGAUUUGUCUUUUGUGAAUUGUUUUUUUGUUGUGUUUUUAUAUCUGUUUAGCUGUUUGUUUAUGUUUCGAAUGAUGUAAGUGGUCAUAUUUUAAAUAUAUUACUUGCUGUAUUUUGUACGUUUUGUACAAAGGCAUUUUAGAUAUUAAAUUCUGUGGUUUUAAGAAAA